AAUCUCUCUGUUUUUCAGGUUGGACUCAUCUCGGGGACAAUGUUUAUGCUGACAGGGAUCAUAGUUCUUGUAGUAGGGUUUCUGGUAACCCCCAAAAUUGAAGCCCUUGGAGUAGAAGAUUUUGUGGUAGUAGAUACCCAUGCUGUCCAAUUUAACCGAGCCCUUGAUGUGUGUAAGUUGGCAGGAGCAAUAUUAUUUUGCAUUGGAGGGACCACAAUGGCAGCCUGUUUACUUAUGUCUGCAUUUGCAAAAAGCUACUCCAAAGAAGAAAAGUACCUGCAACAGAAAUUUAAAGAGAGAAUAGCAGAUAUGAAAGUCCAGACAUACCCAGUCACAAAAGCCCCAGCAGCACCUGGAGAAUCUAAAAUACCCGUUACAUUGUCCAAAGUUCAAAACAUCCAGCCAUUAUCUGAGACCUGAUUCCUGUUCUCUCUAUCCUAACACACCCUUCUAGUGAAUUUUGAAAAGGUGGUCUUGAAUAGCACUUGAACCUGGGUUUACAGUGUGGCAGUUCUGCACUCAGCAGGAAAAGAAGCAGGCAAGAGGGGGAAACCCCCUAUUUUGAUAGGACUACAUGAGUGACAAAGAAGUGAAGGCUCAGCCAUCAUUGGUUUCAAUAAAGCGUUAUCAUGUAUGUUGUGAAGGGUUUUCUUUUUUUUUAAUUCCACAGAACCAUUUAGGUUCAUUUUUCUCCACUUAUCUCUUCCUUGUUACAUAUUUUAUUCUUAUUUAAAUAAUGAAUCUGUCUGUCUAUUUAGUGUGAACAAUUUAAAUACAGGUGUCCUGUUCAAAAAUAAUGGUCAGAGUCCCACAAAAACACUGUGGGUGCAUGUAUCAGAGAGCAGAAAGCAGGCAAUUUCUGUUUAUUCCCUUGGAGUACAAGCAGAACCACACCUUAUUCAAACAUUUUUUUAAAAAAAUCCAUCAUAGGCAUGUGAUUUUUUAUAUAUAUAUAUAUACCCAAAGCUUUCUAUCCAUUCUUAAAUUUAGAAAUUUAAAUCCCUUUAUCUUUGGCCUCCAAAACUUCUUCCUACUACAAUUGUGAUUUUUUUUCAGCCUGCUACUCUUUUGAGAGGGGAACACAAUUUGCUUGUGUUCUGUAUCUCAGAGAGGUUUGAUACUGUUUUAAAAACAUAGACAACCUCACUCCCAAAACCAGAAAACCACAGUCUCCUCCUCUUGCACAAUGCAGCUUUGCUUCACUGUGCAAAUUCAUUCCCAACCAUUAUAUAUAAUGGGAGUAGCAAAUGACGGUGCCACUUUUAAGUCAAAAUAUAGAGUAUUCAAGGCCAGUCAAUUUAUCAUAUUUAUCAAAAAGUUCAUCUUUUAAAAGAGAUUACAACAUUUGCAAUCAUUGAAAGAAAGGCUGCACUGAACCAGUUUCUUCUAGGGUCAUUCUCAAUCCCUCAGUCAACAUAUACCUUUUUUUUUUAAACGCUACAUUUCUAUUAAGAUUCACCAAGGCUAUUAUGAAAGAUGCCCAGGGUUUAGCAUGGAAAAGAAUACAGAAUUAAUUAAUGUCAUUGCAGGUCUGGCUUUGAGCCCUUCAAGAAGAAAAAAAAAACAUGGCCUGGUUGUGCUAGAGAGGGUG